CUUCGUCUUCGUCUUCGUCUUCAUCGACUUCGUCGAGAAGAAGACGUGAAAUUGCAGAACCGCCUAAACCAAUAACAAGUAAAUACUUUACUCUAAUCGCGCUCAAGGUCACAGCCAAACCUUCUGUCAAUGACAGUCUUCUAUUCCUGAUCACCAACAGAUUUGGAACGGAAUUCGUCAGGGUUGGCAUAUUCAAACAAAUACUGCGUUGCGUGAUCAGAUUGGCGGGCAGGACGAAAAUACUUUCGCUUCCUGAUGUAAACAUCACCGAUAACAAACCCCACAUAGUCAAGGUGGAACGGAUGGGUAACACUGCCACAUUACAGGUCGAUUAUGCGGGUAAAGUGCAGGGUAGCACAGGUGGCAGCAAUCACCUGAUAGAUAAUGGCGGUGGAGCUUUGUUUUCUGGAGGACUGAGAAAGCUAACAGCUCUAAAGGUGCUGCAGGCGAUCGUGAAAAGCAAUGGUAAAGCAAUCGUGCAAACGGCAAACGGGAGCCUUAUCUCAACGUUUUCUUCGUUCGUGGGUUCUUUGUCCGGAGUGAGUUUGAUAACGAUCAACAACAAAGGCGAUGUUUCCGUUACGAAGCUCAAAAACGCAACUCUCAUUCGCCAGUAUCUGAAGCAUACCAUUCGAUCCGUUUAUAAUUCAAGUUCCCAGAAAAUUGUCAUUGGAAGCGCGGGAGUUAGUGUGACCGAGGUACGCCUUAGCAACAGCAGUCAUCAAAGCGUUCAGCAGGUCUUACAGCGAAGAAACCAGCAAAAUGCAAAGGGAGCAGCCGGCGCUGGGAACGCGGCUGCUAUCGGCACGAACGCCGUGGUCAGUGGCGGGAAAAUCAGUUCCGUAGGCAACUACGGUUCAAAAAUAGAGUUAAAACAAACGACCGCACGAGAGAAAAACCAAACUGAAGAAGGUGUGGAUGAAUCUUAUGCAGGUGAGAUGUAUUCUUUUCUACACUUUAGGGCACUUUAGGGCCUUCUAGUAAGUCAAAAUUUCAACUAACCAGUGAGGGGUGUUCGCUGAAUCUCGUUACAUUAAAAGUAAAAAAAAAAGAAAACUGAUCCUCGCGACAAGUAGAAGAGAUUGAAACAGAGUUAAACUUAUGAGCAGACACAUGAAGAUAUUUGCUCAGUCAUAUUCAACAAUUUUCAUAGUUUCGAAGAUCAUUUUGCCGUUGAGUACUUAUCAUAGAAAGUCUUAAUUUUUGGGGAGUGGGGAUUGCGCGGUGGUGAGAGCACUCACCUUCCACCAAUGUGGCCCGGUGUCAUAUGUAGGUUGAGUUUGUUGGUGGUUCUCGCCCUGCUCCGAAGGUAUUUCUCUGGGUUCUGCGGUUUUAAUUACUCCCUCUGCAAUAACCAACAUCUCCAAAUUCCAAUUCAACCAGGAUAGGAGACCAGCAUGAAAACCAGCCAAGGCUGAUGUGGCUUCCUCUACAAACAUUGUAAUUUAUUUUUAUUUGUCUUUUUAAUUCCAGGCUGUAUCCCACAAAAUCGACUCAAUGGCAUGGAUCUUGAUCAGGAAAAAAGCCCAGUAAAGGUCCAGCGUCAGAAUGUCGUGUUUGGAUGUCCGUGUGAAAAAGGAGACUGUGCUAACAAUGGAAGCUGUGUGGUCAAUGUCACUACACCACUUGUUAACGUAUGCAAGUGUGUUGGAACUUGGGGUGGACUUCGAUGCGAAAAGGAUGAAAAAAUUCCGAUCAAGGGAGCCGCCCCACGUGAGUAUUUCUAAUAUUCUAAACGAAGGCUAGAACGCAGGUAAAAACCAACGAACGAAUUGACGGAAGCAGGUAAACACGGAUGCACGGAGGCACGGACGAACUAGCGGAGGACAAUCGAAAGACUUGCAAAGGAACCAUUGAGUGAACGAGUGAAGGGACGGACGGGCGAACAAAACAAUGAACAAACGGACGGAAGGGCAGCCGGGCAAACAAACGAACAAACGAACAAACGGAGAAGAGAAAUAAAGAACGAACCUGCGAGCUAGCGAACUAACGAAGCAACAAAACAACUAACAAAAGAACAAACCAGUGAGCCAACGAAUACGCCACAUUCG